GCGUCACCUUUCCUUGCCAUGUCCAGUACUGAUUAAUAAUACACGACAAAAUCCCGACAAGUCCACCCCCAUAUUUCCAGUCCUGGCCAAGGGGGAAUUGCGACACUUGUGGCUGAACCUCGUCACCUCCCCCUUGAUUUGGCCAAUUAGCCUUUUACUCAGCUGCCGUCUGGCACCAUGCUGAUCAAUCAUGCCAGGAAGCUGCAGCCAUGCAGGGACAACAGGUGGGGGCAUGGAAAGGUACAAAGGAUGAGGUGACCCCUCCAUGGUAGGAUACUGCUUCCUUCAUACCCGUUGUCUCUCACCAGUCUUCCACUUGACCUCCAGCAAUCUUCCCUUCAAACCUGCUGCAAAAGGACCCGAAGCCUCCAGCUUGGCCUCAAAUCCACAGAGUAUUCCAGCAUGUCGUCAAACCUCUUCAAGCCCCUCAAGCUGGGCAAUGUACAGCUGCAGAACCGAGUUGUCAUGGCACCCCUCACUCGAUUCCGUGCCGACAACGAGCAUGUCCCUCUGCCCUUUGUGGCCGAAUACUACGCACAGCGCGCCUCCUCUCCCGGGACCCUCCUCAUCACCGAAGCAACCUUCAUCGCCCCUCAGGCAGGCGGUUUCGGAAAUGUUCCCGGAAUCUGGAACGAAGCACAAAUAGCAUCCUGGAAGCGAGUGACGGAAGCGGUACACGCCAAGGGCUCCUUCAUAUACCUCCAGCUGUGGGCGUUAGGAAGGGCAGCUAGUCCGGCAGUACUAAAAAAAGAACUCGGUCAGGAAGCCAAGGUUAUCAGCUCAGGCGAUUUGGAAUUCGAGGGAGGUGCGAAGCCGACGCCCUUGACAGAGGCAGAGAUCAAGGAAUAUAUUGGCUUCUAUGCUCAAGCGGCUAAGAACGCGGUGGCGGCUGGCUUCGAUGGCGUGGAGAUCCACGGCGCGAAUGGGUAUCUGAUUGAUCAAUUCCUCCAGGAUGUCUCGAACAACAGGACCGAUUCAUGGGGCGGGAGCAUAGAGAACAGAGCGAGGUUCGGAAUCGAGGUCGCAAAGGCUGUCGUCGCAGCUGUUGGUGCGGAAAGAACGGGCAUCAGAUUGAGUCCCUUCUCCGAGUUUCAAGGCAUGAGGAUGGCAGAUCCUAGACCGCAGUUCAGCUACUUCGCGCAGGAACUCAAGAAGUUGAAGCUGGCAUAUAUCCACGUCGUCGAGUCUCGCAUCGCUGGAAACGCAGAUGUCGAGCAGACGGAUAAGGUCAACUUCCUCGUUGACGUGUGGGAUAAUCAGAGCCCAGUCCUAAUUGCUGGUGGCUUCAGACCGUCAUCGGCGAGGACUCUGGUCGAUGAGGAGUAUAAGAACAAGGACGUUGCGGUUGUGUUCGGACGGUACUUCAUCUCGAAUCCGGAUCUGGUAUUCAGACUCAAGGAGGGAAUCGAGUUCACGCCUUACGACAGAGAAAAGUUUUAUAAUAAGAAGCAGGAGGAUGGAUAUACGACUUGGAAGUUCAGCAAGGAGUUUGAGGCUCAGGCUGCAAAGUUGUAGAGAGAUGGUUCCGUUAGCGACCGGACAAUGGCCAGGAGCAACUGUAGAUGUCGAGCAAAGAAAGAAGAGAGUGGAUAGAAACCAGUCCUGAGUUUCCUGGAGAGAAGCGGGACUAUCAGGAAGCGUCGGGCUUGAAUAGUCCCGGCCUCGAUGGACCUGCUGAUACUCAACGUUUUAACUGAUGUAGAUAGAAGAUAGACUAGAUAAUUUACAAUAUCAUAGAAAUUCGCCUUUC